AUGUCGAUCGAGUCAAAGGACCGAUAUGCAUGUUGGGUAUGCAAUCGUGCGCAUGAACGUCAAGAGGAGUCUGGUGACGGCUCAGAAACCGGCGAGGACUCUGACCAUCAUGACGAGUGCGCCAUGAUGCGCAGGCGCCUGCUUGAAAUGGAGGAGGAGAUUCGCGAGCUAACUGGCGAACAAGGUGCGGCCAGCUCUGUCCACCAGCCAGCCAGCCGAACCCAGCCCGGUGCCAGGCUGUCCUUGGAGCCCCCAAGCGUGAUGGAGUCCUUGCUCAGCCACCUGCUCAAUCGCUCCAGCUUUGGUCGCUCCAGCUUUGUUUUGAAUUCUGCCGUGGUCUCAGAGGCUUCAGUGCAGUUCUCAGAUUCUGUCACAGCAGUCACUUCGCUCGAAAUCCCGGAGAAUGUUCCAGAGGUUGGCAACAGGUCUGUGCGUGACCGGAUCGCAACUCCAUACGUAGACUCCACCACAGCAGACUCCUCUGAGGAACGGCGAGUACUGCUUGCACCAGCCUUGUCAACUGUUGAGGAGUUUGAGGCGGAGAGCUCCAGGGAGCAACUUCGUUCAAGCCGGGAUAGGAUGCCAACUCCUCAUGUCAGUUCAGAGGUGAUCGAG